CCUGUUUAUGGCAAACAUAUAAAAAGUUUUGUUUUUUUUGUUUUUUUUACAAUCAGGAUGAUGGGAGGAGAUAGCACUGCAGCAAAAGCUAGAUCUGUUACAGAGAAAUUCCAGUUUGGACCAUGGCGAUGUACGUCUAUAAAGUCACACAUUCUGAAAUCUGAAGGUCCAGACCGAGAGAGAUUCGAGAGUCAAUUGGAGCUCCCGCAAGUCCCUGAGAUGGUGUUUGCUGAUAACUUACUACGUUUAGAACAUUCGGCAGGAUUUGGUUUGGAGUUCAAUGCCCUUGAUGCUCUUAAACUAGUGGACCCUCGAAAUGAUUUACUCAAAGUGGCUGUUUCUGAUGCUUGGAGACAGGCUAGGUCAGACUGUGAACAUAUCAAAGAUGUAAUAAAACCAUUUGAUUGGACAUACACAACAGAUUAUAAAGGCUCAUUGUUUGGUACAAAUGAAAUUCAGUUGAAGGUAGAGCCUACAACAGAGAGAAUAGAUUUAGAGAAACUUAAAAAAAGAGAUAAAAUUAUGUUCUAUGAAGACAUGUUAUUAUUUGAAGAUGAGUUGGCUGACAAUGGCACCUCUGAAUUAAAUGUUAAAAUUAGAAUUAUGCCGUCCAGUUUUUUCAUUUUGUUACGAUUGUUUAUGAGAGUAGAUGGUGUAAUGAUUCGUGUGAACGAGACCAGAAUUUAUCAUGAGGUUGAUCAAGAUUACAUUUUAAGAGAAUAUUCCAGUAGAGAUAAUCAGAUUAAAGAUUUAAAGGUUUCACCUCAUCUAUUGACAGAACCUAAUGAAAUUGUGAAGCAUUUGACAAUAAGAAAAGAAGAAUUUCAUAAACUCAUAUUUCCUGUGAUAAAUAAUCUAAGUGACUUUACAAAGCAAUCUUUAUCGCCUGAUAGACAGGAUCCAUCUCAGUCUACAGUAACAAAAUCACAGAAUACAAAUAACACAACAUCUGGUGGCAGUGGUGAGAGUUGAAGACAGGAUGGACCUAUAAAUCUAACAGUGCUUAUUUGAUGCUUAAUUAAAAUGUGAUUUCAUAAAA